AUGGGCGCGCACGUGUCGCGACACGUGGACGAGCGGCUGGACGACCUGGAGGUGUAUCAGCGCGCAGUGGCCGCCACGUUCUCGGAGCGGUCCAAACCGCCAUCCGACGGCGUCGACGCGGCGCCGGGCAUUCAGCAGGCGCAGCUUCUAGACGCGUGCAAGGCCGUGCUGCAGCGAGUAUCGGCGGAACUAGAUCCGCGCGCCGGCCGCGUCUGCCUCCGCGUGCCCACCCCGCGCGACCUCGACUUCGCGCUUUCCCGCCAUCCCGCGCUCGCGCAGCUGCCCAUGCUCUCUUUCGCGGAGUUCGAGCGCGUCACGCGCUGCGUCUUAAAGCGCGUCGCCGCGGAUCGCGGGCGCCGCCUACUGCUCUUCGUAACAGGCGGAGUUAUAGCGAUUCCCAUGUAUUACCGUAUUCCAUGCUCUGCCCUGCGCAUUGGGCACCUCAUUCGGCUGAUCGUCCCAUGGCUUGCAUUGUGA